GAAAUAGAAGCUACAGCAAGAACAACUGAACCACACCCCUCUCUCUCUCUCUCUCUCGCGAAGAUCUCGCAACUCUCUCGCUCCGCCAUCGCCAUUCCGAUCUGUCCACUGAAUUCGUAUCGGGACAGCCAGCCGACGGGGAGAUUUCUGAGAGUUCAAUGUGAAAGGUGGCCUUCGCCCUGCUCGCUUUUCAAAUGGAGACGAUUCUGAGACGAAUAGGUAGGUGAAAUUUCUCGUUCAAGUGAAAAUAAUAAAGCAGCAAUAAGAAGGCCUAAGGAUUUGGUCACCGAUAUCUCUUGCUGAAGAAUCUAGUGAAUGGGAAUACAAUGGCAACAGAGAGAGAUGGGGGCAAUGGUUGCCAGCGUUCCCAGAUACAGAGCUUGUCUAGGCAAGGAUCACUUUAUAAUUUGACUCUCAAUGAAGUCCAGAACCACAUAGGGGAACCUCUUCUUAGCAUGAACCUUGAUGACCUCCUCAAGACUGUGUUCCCGAGUGAGGGUAAUCAGUUAUGCGCUGCAGAGGUUGAUAUGCCAACUGAUCGUCAUGCCUCCAGUUCUGGUCUCCGCCGUCAGGGUAGCAUGACCAUGCCAUGGGAGUUGAGCAAAAAGACAGUAGAUGAAGUGUGGAGAGACAUUCAGCAGGAGCAGGAGCAGAACCAGAAGAAAGUUGAGAUCCAGAGAUUAGGUCAUGAGAAGCAGCCAACACUCGGAGAAAUGACGCUAGAGGAUUUUCUAGUAAAGGCUGGUGUGGUUGUUGGUGCACUUGACAAAGAUGGGCAUGAAUUGAUUGGGGAUGUAGAUCCAGUGGGGAAUAUUGAUCCCUUGCAGGGAACACAGAAUUUUACACAAGGAACAGGUUGGUUGCAGCAAUUUCAACAGAUGGCUGCUAUGGAUGCACAGAUGCAUGGGCAACAAAGCAUUAUGGGCACUUACAUUUCAAACAUACCACAUCAUCAAAUUAGUCCUGGAACUAUGUUUGAGGCAGUGUUCUCUGAGAGUCAGGUAGAUAUAGCUUCACCAACACUAGGUGUGUUUUCUGAUCCUCAAACACCAGGUAGGAAACGUGGUGCUUCCGAGGACAUGGUGGACAAAUUUGCUGAAAGGCGACAGAAAAGGAUGAUAAAAAACCGUGAGUCUGCAGCACGUUCAAGAGCAAGGAAACAGGCAUACACCAAUGAGCUGGAAAACAAAGUUUCUCACCUAGAGGAAGAGAAUGAGAGGUUAAAGAAACAGAAGGAGUUGGACAAGUUGGUGUUCUCCGCACCUCUUCCAGAACCGCGGUAUCAGCUUCGUCGAACGAGCUCUGCACCUCUUUGACUCACUUGUACAGUAGAUGGUCAUGCAGACAUUGUAGCUCUAAAGUUUGGAGGCAACCCUAGGUAUUGUUCUAGCCUCUUUUUUUUUUUUUUCUGUAAAGGCUCUGUUCAAUUGUUAAUGUGCUUGGAGUGAGCCUUUUUUAUAAGUUAAUUUGUAAAUAUCGAAACUUAGGGAUCUUGCGUCUUCAGUUUUGUCCAUUGCCAUAUAUGUAACUAAAUCUCUGAACUUGGUAACGUAAAAUGUGAGGUCUUUGUAGUGGUA